GAACAGCCUUUGCCCUCACUCAACAUGGCCGCCUUCCGCCUUCGUUCUUGUUGGUAAAUUGACUCUCUCGGCUCCCGUUCUCCCCCCGCCCUUCCUGUCGCCGCAGUAGCCAUGGCGUCCAUGAGUUUACUGCAGCGGGUUUCGGUCACUGCGGUGGCAGCUCUGUCUGGCCGUCGCCUUGGCACUCGACUUGGAUUCGGGGGCUUCCUCACGCGAGGCGUUCCGAAGACUAUCGCUCCUGUGCGACAUAGUGGAGACCAUGGGAAAAGAUUGUUUAUCAUCAAACCUUCUGGAUUCUAUGACAAGCGUUUUCUGAGUUUACUGAAAUUCUACGUUUUGUUGACUGGGGUUCCAGUAGUAAUUGGCAUAACUCUGGUGAAUAUAUUCAUCGGUGAAGCUGAGUUGGCAGAAAUUCCAGAAGGCUAUAUCCCAGAACACUGGGAAUAUUUCAAGCAUCCUAUAUCAAGAUGGAUUGCCCGAACUUUCUAUGAUAGUCCUGAAAAGAAUUAUGAAAGAACAAUGGCUAUCCUUCAAAUUGAAGCUGAAAAGGCUGAAUUGCGGUUACAGGAGCUGGAAGUACGAAGACUAAUGCGUGCGAGAGGAGAUGGUCCCUGGUAUCAGUAUCCAACCAUUGACAAGGAGCUUAUUGAUCACGCUCCAAAAGCAAGUCCCGACAACUAAUCUUUUUAUUUCUCUAAAUACAAAGUAUAUUCUCUUUAUGGGAAAAUAAAUUAAUAAAUAUAUUCUGUAUUUUUGCUCACUGUGGUGAAUAAAAGAUCCUCUUCCACUGC